AAUAAUGAAUAUAAAAUAGAAUUCAAUCUGAUGAUGUGUGGAAGCAAAAGAAAUAAUUGAAAUAAUCGAUACGUAAUAAUUGAUAAGUAAAUCGAUAGAUCGAAUGGAAUAAUGAUGAAAACCCGUGGAAAAUCGAUGUGGUGAGGAAAAGGAAAAGUGUAGAAAAAAAGAUUUUCUCAGGGGGGGAGAUUGGAUGUCAGAUGGAAUCUGGUGGUGGCAGAGCUUGAAUGCUCCCCUCCUGGCACCAGGUAUUCCAUCUCUUCCAACACUCCCUUCUUUGUUACACCAGCUUAACGAUAGAAAGGUGACUCCUAUGCCAGGACCAGGGGGAGGAGGUAUUGAGCACGCCUCGAGAACUUAUCCCAGUCCCCUUUCUCUCGUCGUCACCGAAGCAUAUGUUUUUCUCCAGCAAUACCUCAAUGGCCCACUCGAGGUACUGACUCGGUUCCGUACCACAUCGUUCACCAAAAUUAUCAACGAUUAUUCACCGAUAAAUCCACCCCAUCAACCCUGACCACCUCAUCCACCCCAUCCACCUCAAUUCACCCCAUCCGAUCCUCGAUCUCCUCCUCGCCGCGGGUGAGUGAGUGGAAAAAGUCAUUUUUUAUUUUUAUUUUUCAAUUGUUCAAUUGUCAGUCGGUUGGAGAUCAGUGAAGGAUUCAGUGGCCGAGAGCUCGGAAAAUCGGUAAUAAGUUUUGGAGAAACGCACACGGAGUUUCACCUGUUUGCGGCACGCGUUUUAUUUUUCUUUUUUAUGCCUGCGGGGAGUGACGUUGCACCGGUUGCUGAUUUUAUAGGGGGAGAAUUAGUUUUGGUUUUAUUUUGGGGGGUGAUUUUUUAUCUGUGCUUUUUUGUGAGUGAUAACACGAGAUGCUGAUUGUCAGCGGUUUGCUGGUCGUUCUGGCGGUCGUCUCCAGAGUGGGAUGUCAAAGAAAUACACCGAGAAGUCCUCGUGCGAGUCGUAAUGAUGCGGCCUUGGAGUUCGAGUGUCCUGAAGAAUUCGGGUAUUACGCCCAUCCCCGAGAUUGCACUCAAUAUUACGUUUGCGUUUUUGGGGGUGCAUUACUCGAGUCUUGCACAGGUGGUCUCAUGUACAGCCAUGAAUUACAGACCUGUGAUUGGCCCCGGAACGUAGGGUGUCUGGACUCCAGUGGAGGUGCAAAGGAGGACGACGUCGAGGAUCCCCUGCUCGAAAGAGCUGCGAAGGACUCCCAUCAUCGUCAGCCAGUCCGUCAACCGGUGCGACAACCAAGUCCACCGUCACCGUCGCCCCACCCGACGAUUGCUGACCGUCACAGCCGUCACCGUCAGCCACCCCACCGUACAACAUACCCAGACGACGAGUACGAGCCAGCAUCGGAGAUCGAGAGUGAUCGUCAACAACGAGUCUACCGAGGCCAACCAUCGACAAUCGGCCAAGUACAGCGAGAUCGUGAUGGCCUACGUCGUAACAUCAUAUCCGUAAGUCCAACGCACCCAUCACGACCUCUCCAUCCCGCUUACGUCACACCACCUGCAUCAAAUGGAUCAGACAAUGUCGGGCACGUGACAAACGUUAGUUCGACGACACCGACAAUACCACCAAUAACGACUAUUAAAAAUAACAUUAGCGAUCGCGAUAGGAUCGAUUAUUCAUACCAGGACGCAACAAGAAGGAAUUACAUAAUCGUCAGCUCCCCAUCGCCCUUCAAACUACCACCAAAAAUUGACGAUUACACGGAAUCGAUCCUGAAACAACCACAGGAACAACCGAAUCACCACGAGGAUGACUAUUUCAAUUACAUACCCGAGAGAAUAACAGAUGUGACUGUUGAAACUCCAAAACCGAGUGAUUUGCUCUCUAAACCGACGGAAUCAACACCGUCGAGCACUGAAACGUCAGUGAUACCUGAAAUCACGUCGAAACCCGAGGAUUCGGAUCAGAAUGAGAUCCAGCCGACGCCAGCCCCGAGAAAACGUUUUACUUAUGAAUUCAGUGAUGAACCGAUUGCUGUUGGGAAUUUUGCCACAGCCCCGACGACCAUCCGUCAACGGAUUAAAUCGAGACUAUCUCAGUAUCGUGGGAGUGAGCGGUAUCAGGGGGGUGUCACCAUGAUGAAGAUCGUCCGUAAACGACCGGUGAACGAUCAAAUAGCUACAGAAUCUCAGGACGACGUGCCACGCACAACUCCAAUGCCUCGGCGACGUGAGACGUCGAAAAAGUUGUCCGAUAAUUCCGAUUACGUCGGGGAAAUAGCCGACGACGUACCCACCACUCUGAGUCCUCUCCAGAGGGCACAUAUUCUCAGUAAAAUCGGUCAGUUACAGAGUAAUGAGGACAUUGAGGGCAAUGAGAUAACAAUAAGUAAAAGUCUAGGUGUUAGAGAGCAAUUGUCUAAUGACAGUUCAACGGUCACUGGUAAAUUAGGAGUGACAACGGCUCACAGUGAGAUUAAAGGAACGCGGGAUGAACUCGAUGGAAAUGAGAUAACGGUAACACCCACGAGUUCAGGCCAACGGACAACACGACAUCGUCCACAGGCAUCAAGGAGUUCACUCGAGAGAGAGAAGGAGAGUCUGCACUCCGGCAGAGGUCAGACUGAAAAUCAUUACAGAGCCAUUCCAUCGGAAAAUCCGAGAAUCGUGAAGACAACGGCAUCAACUGCUGCCACUCCUGUUAUUUCCAAGUCCUACUACGAUCCUGAGACCUAUCCCUAUUACACUAUUUAUGAUGAUGAUGUGUCUAUCUACAAAGAUGACGAUUACGCGCAGUACACAGUGAAUCAUUCAGUUCCCCUUCAACAUCCUCAUCAGCACCAGAGCGUGAGGAUUGCUGAGGUGACGCCCAACUCGAAAGCCACUUCCUACACGCAAAAAGCGAAGAAAGUGCCAGUGAACGAUAAUGACAAGUACAAUUUGAAUCAAGACGUCACUGUCUCGGACUACGACAUCUACGAUAAUCAGGGACAAUCUCAUCUGAACAAGAACAAAUUUCGAAUUGAUGGCCAGUCGUACAGAACCAAUGGUAUCAGCCAUCCAGCCGUCCACGUGACAACACCAAAUGCCAUUGUCGAUAGUUAUGUGCCCCUGACGACUACCACCCAACCACCACCCACUACAACAGCACGCCCCUUUACUGUGACUGUACAGAGUCGAGGACGGCCACAAGUCAAUCGAGGUACAGCACCACCGCGAUCGAGACCGACGCUCAAACCGUCCACUGAGAUCGUCUCCAAGGCUCAGGAGUUCGUCGACAUCUACAGACAUCCACCAGCUAGACCACCAACCCUCUACCCCACGCCCCAGGUCGACAAACCCGCUGCCAAGUGCCGGAAGGAUGUCUGUCUACUUCCGGACUGCAACUGCGGCGGGGCUGACAUUCCUGGUGGCAUUCCCAGCGAACAGGUACCCCAGAUCGUCCUUCUGACGUUCGACGACGCCGUCAAUGAUCUCAAUAAGCAACUUUACGAGGAUUUGUUCGAACGUGGACGAAAAAAUCCCAAUGGCUGUCCAAUAUCAGCCACUUAUUACGUGUCACAUGAGUGGACUGAUUACAGUCAAGUGCAGAAUCUCUAUGCCGAUGGCCAUGAGAUGGCAAGUCACACAGUCUCGCACAGCUUUGGUGAGCAGUUCUCGGCCAGGAAGUGGGCCAGAGAGAUAGCUGGUCAGCGAGAAAUUCUCGCUGCUUAUGGAGGCGUCAAGUUGGAGGACGUCAGGGGAAUGAGAGCUCCAUUCCUCUCUGUCGGUGGUAACAACAUGUUCAAAAUGCUUUGGGAGACGAACUUCACGUAUGACUCGUCGAUGCCGAUCUACGAGAAUCGCCCCCCAUCGUGGCCAUACACCCUCGACUACAAACUCUUCCACGACUGCAUGAUUCCCCCAUGUCCCACCAGAUCUUACCCAGGACUCUGGGAAGUACCCAUGGUGAUGUGGCAGGACCUAAACGGUGGCAGAUGCUCCAUGGGAGAUGCCUGCAGCAAUCCACCAACACCCGAUGGCGUUUACAAAAUGCUCAUUAAGAAUUUCGAGAGACAUUACACCACCAACAGGGCGCCGUUCGGAUUGUUCUACCAUGCAGCGUGGUUUACCCAGCCUCACCACAAGGAAGGAUUCAUCUCCUUCCUUGAUACGAUUGUUGCCAUGGACGAUGUCUGGGUCGUGACCAACUGGCAGGCACUCCAGUGGGUGAGAAAUCCAACCCCACUAGCAUUAUUGGACAAUUACGAGCCAUUCAGCUGUAAUUACCCCGAUAGACCAAAAAAAUGUAACAACGCCAAGGUCUGCAAUCUCUGGCACAAGAGUGGUGUGAGGUACAUGAAGACGUGUCAAGCCUGUCCUGAUAUUUAUCCUUGGACAGGAAAGACAGGCAUACGCAGCAGUCGCAUCGACAAUGACAUCGAGAAUUGAAGAGCGAUGGAAAUUUAUUGGAGAGAAAUUAUGAAGAAACCCACCAGCAAUACAAUAAUUAUUUGAUAGAGAAUCGAUUUGAGUUGCCAAGAGUGUUUUUCAGAGGUGUUGUGAAACGUCUCCCUUGAGUGCCGAGUACGUUUUACAUAAAUGAAAAUUAAUUAAUCAUGAGCCAUAAUACGAGGAGACUAUUAAUGACAGUGAGGAAUUAUUUAAUUUUCAUUUGUGGUGUCAAGUUUAGAGAGAAGAAUGUAGAAAAAUACGACUAUUUUUCAAUAUUUUUUUAACGUAUGGGGAUAGAGAUGAAUAAUUGGGAUAUUCGGGGGAAAUUAAUAUGAUGGGAGAAUAAAUUGGUAAUGGCUGUGGCAUUUUAUGUGGGUGAAAUCCAAGGGUCUCGAUGUGAAUCGAGUUUAGGGAAUUAUUUCCAAAAGAAAUUCACUCACCCCGGCGUACUCGGUGUUCAAUAAAUUUUUCAUAAAUCGUUUAGGUGAAUUAUUUUGUAAACUAGUGGUGGAAAAAUUGUAAAGUUCGAGUGUGAUUUACACUGUAGCAUGUAAAUUAAUUGAUACUGUAAUUUUAUUUGUGGGAGAGUGCGAUGUUCGCAUUGAUGAGUUGCCAAACGAAAUUAUUGUCGUUGAGUUGCGACUCGUGUUAAAUGUAUGCCUUCAAUAAAAACAUCUAAUUUCA